UCAUUUAACAUUAAUUGUAAACCCUACAAAUGGACUUUGUACUUUUUUAGCCUACUGUUUAUUUAUCUAAGCCUCUUUCCCCAUGUUUAUACUGUUCUUGCGUUUUUAUUCACUCUGUUUGUUUGGCUUUGAACACUGCAAUAAUGGACUUACAUUUGAAUCUAAAAUGGAUUUUUAUAAUCUCUAUCAACUUGCAAAUAUGGAGUUUUGUAUACAUGUCAGUGAUGUAUGGUGAGUUACACUCUCCUAAUUACCCUGAACAUUAUCCAGCUCCCCUUUAUAAACACUGGGACCUGGAGGUGCCUCUUGGCUAUCACAUUCAGAUCAAUUUCAACUAUCUCAAUAUCAAGCCUUCACAAGGCUGCCGGAACGAUUCUCUCACGAUAUCCUAUAAGGAGAAAGUGAUGAAGUACUGUGGUGACCAGGAUUCAAAGAGCCAUAGUCAUCCAGGAAACAGUUCCAUUUUCAUACCCACCGCUAAAGUAAAGCUUUCACUUCAUACUAAUGAAGUGAACCAAGGGCCUACCCUUCCUGUGGGCUUCUCUGCAUUUUACCAGGCUAAAGAUAGAGAUGAAUGUUCGAGUCAAGUUCCUCCCUGCACUCAAAUCUGCCUCAACACCAUGGGCUCAUACCUUUGUGCAUGCUAUCAUGGCUUCAAGCUGGAUGCUGAUCAGCGCACAUGUGUUCAGGUUGAGUGUGAGUCUCCAAAAGGCACAAACAUGAGGAUUAUCCCAGUGCUUUCCACGUACUACUACAGAGAUGUGAUCAGUGCUCAGUGUGACACAGGCUACAAAAUCAUUGUAAAAGGAGCUUUGUUCAAUAAUUACACAUUUACCUGUCAAAGCAAUGGCCAGUGGAGUUUACCUCUUCUUCAGUGCCACGUCAUACAUUGUAAAAACCCACCACCCAUACUAAACGGAGAAGUGCUAUUCAUCUCUGGGGCUAAUAAUCAAUAUCAAUCUGUUAUCAACCUGCACUGUAACAGGCCAUACGUUCUUCCUACCACAUAUAAUGUAACCUACACAUGCCAUGCAGAUAUGGAAUGGAAAGAUGACCAAAACAAGAUCAUGUCUGUCACCCCAAAAUGUGUCCUAGAGUGUGGUCACCCACUGGUUGGCCUGGAGCGUCAUAAGAGGGUUUUAGGAGGCCAUCGUGCUCCACAGAGAGCUUUCCCCUGGUAUGCCUUUAUAAGCCCCUUACAUGGAGGCGGAGCUAUCAUAGCAGAGAAAUGGAUCUUAACAGCAGCAAAUGUGAUCAGUAACCAGAUUAAUGAUCUCAAAAAAAUAAAGGUAUAUGUCGGAGUAAGCAAUAUACAAAAAAUAUCUAAAUUAUCACAUCUUCAAGUCAAGUCUUUACACAUUCACCCCUUGUAUAAUAACCCAGAUGGUACAAACUAUGACAAUGAUAUUGCACUAAUACAACUGGAGAAGCCCAUUCUGUACAAUGCUGAUGUUAUGCCAUUGUGUUUGCCUUCACAAGAUACUGAAAUUACACCUGGUGUUACUGGGUGGGUAAGUGGAUUUGGUCAAACAGAGAGAAGUGCUCUAGCCAGGUUUCUCAGAUAUACCUCCAUUCCUCUUGUGGAACAAAAGACGUGCCAAAAUUUUGUUGAUAAAUUAGGGAUCCCGGUGCCCUUGACAGAAAACAUGUUCUGUGCUGGUGUACCUGAAGGUGGAAAAGACACAUGUGAAGGGGAUGGUGGUGGGUCACUUGUGUUAAGAAAGGAUGGUGUGUUCUGGGCCACAGGCAUAGCUAGCUGGGGGCAUGGCUGUGGCAUACCAGGUAGAUAUGGAGUAUACACUCAGGUUUCAAGAUAUACAGACUGGAUAAGCAAGAUAAUGAGUGAAAGCUAAGAUCAGUACAUUUUUGUAACAUUAUUACAGUGUUUGGGGCAGAGUUUCAGUGUGUCUCUCAUGAGAUAUUUGAGUCGGUUAAUGUUACGCAUGUGUAAACUGCAUCUGUAAACUGUGCAAAGUAAAACAUCUGAAAAAUAAAAGUAAAGUAAAAAUAGCAUUAAUAAAGUGCCCAACAGCAUCCGGA